GAGUCAGGGAGCACGAAGCGGAAGAGAAGGCGCACAGCGAGACCUGGGGGAGGAUGGACGCGGAUUAUCCUGUCUUUGAGAAGCCUCUCUGCAGAGAGCUCAAGCAUUUCUGCAAAAGGCUCGGUGAGGCGUACCAAGAGCUGAAGGAGGACCUCACCCCUUACAAAGAUGAUCGCUACUACAGCCUCUGCUUGGGGAACUCUUGGUGUUCCUCAGAAUCUCGGUACAGUAUCUGUUCCAGAGCGGCAGGUUAUCCUGAGAAUAGUGUAACGUUGGCACCCAUGCGAUUGUACACCCUGUCCAAACGCCACUUCGUCCUGGUCUUUGUUGUGUUCUUCGUUUGUUUUGGCUUGACAGUCUUCAUUGGAAUUGCAGGUCCCCAAGCGAUCCAGUCUACUUCAGAAGACCACCAAGUGAACAGCAGCAGCUUAAAGCUAAAGCCAUUUCUUCUCAAUUCAGGACCACUUUCUACUUAUAAUCAACAGUUAUGGCUGACAUGUGUUAUUCAGCUGGAUCAAUCGGAUGACACUACAAUCCAGACAAGCUUUUAUAUGACCGUGAAAGUAGAUGGUGUGACCCAAGGUGCAAGCAAGACAUUUGUACAUAACAAAGUUCACAAUCGGACAAGGACCCUCAGCUGUGCCGGGAAAUGUGCUGAAAUCAUUGUGGCUCACCUUGGAUAUUUGAAUUACACUCAGUAUACUGUCAUCGUGGGAUUUGAGGACAUGAAAGCUCUGAAGAUCCCCAUCAAAGAUGUGAACUUCACAUGGAGGACUUACAAUCCAUCCUUUUCGCAAGUGGAAAUUUGGUUCCGAUUUGUCUUUGUGGUGUUUACAUUCAUGGUCACUUGCCUGUUUGCACAUUCCCUCCGGAAAUUCUCCAUGAGAGACUGGGGAAUUGAACAAAAAUGGAUGUCCAUAUUGUUGCCCCUGCUACUGCUCUAUAAUGAUCCAUUCUUCCCCCUCUCCUUCCUGGUGAACAGUUGGUUUCCUGGCAUGCUGGAUGACCUCUUCCAGUCUGUGUUCCUCUGUGCGUUGUUACUCUUCUGGCUGUGUGUCUAUCAUGGGAUCCGGGUACAGGGAGAAAGAAAAUGUUUAACAUUCUAUUUUCCUAAAUUCUUUAUUGUUGGACUACUGUGGUUGGCGUCUGUCACAUUAGGAAUUUGGCAAACGGUAAAUGAAUUACAUGACCCAAUGUACCAGUAUAGAGUCGACACUGGCAAUUUUCAGGGGAUGAAAGUUUUUUUCCUGGUGGUAGCUGGCAUGUAUAUUUUAUACCUUUUGUUCUUGAUUGUGAGGGCAUGCUCAGAACUUCGCCAUAUGCCUUAUGUUGAUCUCAGGUUAAAAUUCUUGACUGCAUUGACUUUCGUAGUACUUGUCAUUAGCAUUGUUAUACUCUAUCUAAGGUUUGGAUCGCAAGUGUUACAGGACAAUUUUGUUGCUGAACUGUCAAAUCGCUACCAGAAUUCAGCGGAAUUCUUAUCUUUCUAUGGCCUUCUGAACUUUUAUCUCUACACUUUAGCCUUUGUGUAUUCACCAUCUAAGAAUGCACUCUAUGAGUCACAGUUGAAAGAUAAUCCAGCCUUUUCCAUGCUUAAUGACUCUGAUGAUGAUGUGAUUUAUGGGAGUGACUAUGAAGAAAUGCCCCUGCAGAAUGGCCAGGCCAUUAGAGCCAAAUACAAAGAAGAGUCUGACAGCGAUUGAUGGCGCUCCAGCAGAGACCAGCUUGGCUGGCUAGAGAAGGUCUUGGACAGUUUUCCUCAAUGCUCCAACUCUCCAGCCUUCCCAAGCCAUCUGCUUAAAGCUGAAUUAUUUCCUCACAAGAAAGGCAGUUUUCCCUUUACCUCUUUGUGUUUACUAGUAGAUUUUUAAAAGACCAACCAGGACCAAAGGAAAAAUUACAGUGUUGGCAAAGGCAUUACCAGGGUAGGGGGAUGAGGCCGGGAGAAAGGCAAGUUGUGAAGAUUAGCAACCAAAUGCCUCUUUGAAUAAUUUUAGGGGAAACAGUUUUUAUGUUAGAGUGUCAUUUCAUUGGAGCUCAAGUAGCUGCUCCUGAACUGAAGGGUUCAGAGUGCUGUGGCGUCCCAGAGCUCCCCAGGCCUCUAAGUCACCCUCAUUUUUAGUCUAAAGAUGUAUGCACUAGUCUUCUGUAGCAUGUUCUCUUUAAGUGAUGGAGAAGCACUUAGGAGCCACUAAAUGGCUCCGUGGAAUGUUGGAGUUUUGCCUCAGACACCUAUAUUGGCUGUAUGACCCUGAGCAAGUCCCGGACCUUCUGACAGCUCCUGUCAAAUGAGAAUCAUUAUAGAACCUACCUCACGAGGUUGUUGUGAGGCUGGAAGGAGAUGAUGCUAGAAAACCUUACAGUGCUUUACAAAUGCUGGAUAUGAUGAUAAGUCAUGCAGGAAAAUGGCAGUGUUCUCCUUUCUUCUCUCCAUAGACAUUGUUCUCUCUCUAACUCCAAGGGAAACUUAGGAACUUGCUUGGACUGCCUCAUGGGGUCAGCAUGCUGCUGUUUGGUGGCAAAUACCACACCAGGUCACAAAGUAGCUUGAGUUAAAUCAUUCUCCAGUUUAGAAAUAAAGCAUUAAACUGAGGCUCCGCUGCUGCCUUCUGCUGAAGCCCAAACAAUGAAAUACCAAUGGGAGUGUUGUGGACCUCUGAGUACACAGUACAACCUGGUAGGCAGGUUCCUUCCACCCCCUCAUAGGAAGAAAUAGGCAUUGAACCAUUGAUGGCUUCAGUGGCAGAGGUGCUGCUGCUGGGCAGUUUGUCCAGGACAUGUAAGUAUAAAUGAUCCCUGCAUGUCCUUCUUCCUCCUCAUGUUGGGGUUGGGGCUAGCGGAGGGAAAUUGUGAUGAGUCCAAUAAAUCAGAGGCUAUGUAGCUUUAAAGCUUCAUUACACAAAUGAAACAAUUCCUAGAAUGGAAUGCACAAAAGUUUUUUCAGUUCUUUGUCGAAAAACCAAUAAAAUUAGACAAUUUUCAUGUCAGUUUUGAAACAAAAUUUGUUCAGAAAACCAAUUUUGGGGAAAAUCCUCUUUAGAAACCUAAUUGGAGCUUGUGUAAACAAAAAAAGUCACUGUUUAUGGGUCAUGGUUUUGAAAUUCCAGUCCUAUAGUAACAGUGUGGAAGGCACCUAUGAGUUUUUAACUCCCCUUUUCCUGGAGGAUUAAUUUAAAAACAGUCCAGGUGUACCUUUUGCAUUUCUUUUUGGAUCUUCCUUUCUGGCACUCAUCUUUGACCUGUUGUGCUCUGUGGAAACCCCUGCAAGAUGAUAUCCUAGAGAACAGGCGUAGAUAGAAUAUGAUAUAUGAUGCAUGCUUAGUAGCCCAGUACCCUUCUUCCUAUGCAUACUCACAUUCACAUAACUGUUGUGUGCAAUUAGAAUUAUGCUCUCUUCCCUGUAGUGCUAGGACCUCAAAUGUCCAUUGGCAUGUUCUUCAUGGUGAUACACUAAAAUAAUCUUUCUUCAGAAGUUAACCUUUAGUGAUGUGAUGGUACCAUUAAUUACCUCUGUUGCUUAAUAUGGACUUCCACUUAGAUUUCUGUAGUUUUUAAAAAGUCUUGUUUUAAAAAAAAAAUCAAUGUUUGAAUUAAAAUUACUGUAAAAUCACAAAGAUGAUUCAAGGUUUACAUAGUUUUUAUAUCUGUAAUGUCAGUUACUUGGCAUUUUAUUCUGUGUAGUCGGUGAUAUUAGAAUAAUUUUUAAAAUAGGAUUUUAAUAUAUCUUCCAUUGGGCCUAGUUUAAAAAUAAUUUAGGUAAGAUAAAUAUGGCUUGUGCCAGUUGAUAGAUUCCAGAAUAUAUUUCACUAGUUUUGUUAUAAAUAAUUGUCAUCUGUGAUUUGGAAUGCCCUUGUUUUCUUCAUCCAUGUAAAUAGUGGGGGGAUUUUGAAAUCCAUAUUUAGAUCCCUUUUUUUGAAAAGAUCAUUUUUUACUUGCAAGAUGAAAUUCAGCUAUUGACAGACAUCUUUAUAAUUUUAUUCUUCAGGCAUCAAAAUCAUUGAACUUAAAAAGUAUGGGAGAGUGAAUAUAUGCUUUAAAUUUUUUUUAUAUUUCAACUAUUUAUGAAAGAGUCCUGCAUAAUAAAUGUAUGCUUUGUUUUAAUUUUAUCCAUAUUCCAACUAUGUAUGAAAGAGUCCUACUUAAGGGGAAAAUGUUCCUUUUGUUAAACCAGGCACUUUCCAUUUCUUUAUUUGGAGCAACAUGUUUAUAUUCAAAAGUGUUAUAUUAUUCAGUCAUGUAAAAAUUUGCUGUUAUCCAGCAUUCAACACAUAGGAUAUUUACCACAUAGUAAUUACGCUAGACAGUACAUUUUGUUGGGAACUAUCAGUAGGAAGAACAUUCCUGAUUUUUUUUCAUAGGGUUGGGAGCAUGAAUCCAAACUUUGCAGAUAUAUGCCACAAAGCCAAAGAACUGGCUCUCGUUCUUCCUUAGUAACAGCCUGGAUGGAGACAUUUUGGGCAAGUUUGAGAGAAUUUUGCACUUUGGGCCAGUCUGAGGGUAUAUGCUAGAAGAUGGUCACCAGCAUCUCAGUUUUGUUUUCAUGAGGGGCAGAGAAAAAAUUGAGCUUUCACUUAAUAUACAUGAUAUAUUUAUUUUUUAAUCACAGCAAGAACUUUUCCUUCCUGGUUUAGUCAUCUUUCCCCCAAUAAUGGAACUGAAAGCAUAAUAGUGUAUUUGAGAAAGGCUGGAGUACUACUACAUUUGUAGCUCUUUCCUUGAUUAUGUGAGAUCAUAGCAUUUUUGCCAGUUGUAAUCUGUUGUAGGGACAAUGUCAUUGGUCCUAAAUGUUUAUAGAAUUACAGUAUAUCAAUCUGAAGAGACUGGGAUUUUUACUCCAACAUCCUCUCUUUCCUAUCCCUCAUCAGUUUGGCUUAUAAUGCAACAUGUUUUUCAGUGUUUACCUAUAAAUUUUUUACUUUCAAAAAUCACAGUUUAGUGGUUCAGCCUAAUAUUUGGACUAACACUGUUUACUAAAGUGUACAAAUUUAACUCAAAAUGCUGCCUGGGGAAUUUUUUUUUUCCAACUCUUCUUAUGCUUAUGUGUACUUUUUCUUAAAGGGAAGAUUCUGAAAUUGACCUUUUAAUUUUUUUAAAGAUAAGAAUCUUCUAAUAAUUCCUUCUCUAGGUCAAAGGGAAUUUAUUUUAUGUAGUGCCAUCUUUUUAUUCUUGUUUGUUCUUGAUUCUAGGUGUAUAGUGCUGUGAAAUACAGAAAGGGACUUGUACUACUACAAACUGACUUUUUAAAUAAAAUUGUAAUAUUUAUAAAAUAAAAUUGUAUUUAAACUUGUAUAUCAAAAGGAACAAUUGUAUGAGUGAUAAAUUAACGAGCUGUGUUGUUAUAACACAACUUUUGAGGAGGAUUGUUAUACUCAAGAGGUGGUGUUAUAUCAAAUCAGACAAAUAGUUGUUUGCUUUUAGCAAAUCUCAUUGAUUUUGGGGGUGCAUCCUAAGAUCAUAAAUAAACUUUUAUAUAUUCUGCCAUCAAA